AAACAAAGCCCCGUGCAUUGCAGCUGAUCAUGGCAACCUCUGGAGAAGGCGGCAACCCCAGCGGCAGAGCGAUGCCCCGGCCUCUGGCACAGCUGAAGGUGCUUGAGCCUCGGGUGGCCCGCAGACGCCUGUCCCAGGCCCGCCACCGAGCCACCCUGGCAGGGCUCUUCAGCAACCUCAGGAAAGCCGUUUACUUUCACUCUGACCUCACAGCCUCAAAGUGGCAGGUCUUGAAUAGGGCGAAGGCUCACAUUCAGGAACUAGAACAAACCCUGGAUAAUCUGCUGAAGCUGAAAGAAUCCUUCAACCUGGAGGAUGGGAAUGCAAACAGCUUAGAGGAGGCCAAGAGAGAAUAUGCCAGCAUGUACUCCAGAAACCCCAGUCUGGUAUCAAAUAAAAUUUAUAGGAAAGGCUCUGACACUUGGUGCCCAAUUGAGGCAGUUGGGAAGGACCCUGACGAGGAAGAAGAGGAGGAGGAAGAAGAAGAGGAGGACGAGGAGGAGGAAGAGGAGGAAGAGGAGAAAAAAGUGGAGCUCCUACACUCCCCGGUCACCUUGUUGCCAGACCUCAUGGAAUUUGAACGGUACCUCAACUUCUACAAGCAGACGAUGGACCUUCUGAUCGGGAACAGGAUCGUCUCCUCGCAGGAGGUGACGCUCCCCAUCGUGUCUGCAGCCAUCUCCCACCUGUGGCAGACCCUCUCUGAGGAGAGGAAGGCCAGCCUCUUGCAGGCUUGGGUGCAGAAGCACAGUGGCCUCCCAGAGGCCUGUCCGGAGCCGGCCGGUGCCGAGGGCAGCGUCAAGGACAGCGGAGUCGACAGCCAGGGGGCCAGCUGCUCACUGGUCUCCACCCCCGAGGAGAUCCUUUUUGAAGAUGCCUUUGAUGUGGCAAGUUUCCUGGACAAAAGUGAGGCUCCAAGUACAUCUAGCCCCAGUUCCGUGCUGGCCAUCUGCAACCCAGAAAAGCCCGAGGAGAAGUUUCAGCUCUACAUGCAGAUCAUCGAUUUUUUUAAAGGCCUUUGCUGUGUUAACACGCAGUUCAAACAGGAACCAGACCUUCCGGUUGAUGAUGAGAUGAUAAUGUUGAGGUGCAUGGAGACAUUUGACGACGAAGAUCUGUAGUGCAGAAGGGCUGGGAGCCCGAGGGGGAGGAGGAGGGCAGGCAGUCUCCAGGUUUGAAUGCUGCCAGCCAAGGCUGCCCCUGCCCAGCCUUGUAGGAUGUUUUGGAGUGGGCUGUUCCAAAAGCAUUUUGAUGGUCGUAGCUUCUGAUUAUUAUAAAGUGUUUAAGAGGAG